GUCAGCAGCUCCGUGACGUAGUUCCGUCAGUCCGUGCGUCUGUCAGCUGCGGGACUCUCUCCUUAUUGCGUGUCAUUUUACUGUGGACUUCAGCUUCGUGUUGAAUUGUCUCUAGCCGCGGCACAUUUUAACCACAUAUUUCUCAUUUUUAAUCGUUGUUUAUGAAUUAAAACGCCCUCCGCCGGCUGUAGCGGGCAGCAGCUACAGGCGGAACCUUUUUUUCGGCCUCUUCACUGACGAUGCGGUAGUUUCCGGCCGGACGACAGGGCAGCAGCAGUAACCAUGGCGGAGGAGCUGCUGGAAACAGUGGAGAGACUUCAGUCCCGGCUCCUGGACAGUCAGGAGCCAAGAAAGCUACUGAAGACUCUCAGAAGACUCGGGGAGCUUCCCAUGACUGUGGACAUACUUGUGGAAACUGGAGUGGGGAAGACUGUGAAUUCUUUUAGGAAGCAUGAAUUAGCUGGCGAGGCAGCGAAGAGCCUCGUAGCGAAGUGGAAGAAACUGGUUCCUCAGUCUGCAGACAGACCCAGCAACAGCCAUGCCAAAGAGGCGCCGCGGUCACACACACACUCUCGAGGCUCGGAGGUGAGCGGAGGGGCCGGCAAACGCACUCGCGAGCUUUCUCCUGUGGAAGAGCCUUCCUACAUGGAGGUGGACGAGGAGAUGAUGGAGGAGAGGGGCUACCACACCAACUACUCCCCGUCGCCCCCACAGCACCGGCAGUACAGCCCCCAGCAGGAGAGGGGCUACCAGUCGGAGGAGUACGAGAGCCCCGAACCGGAACCGGAGCCGGAGCCGGAGCCAGAGCCGGAGCCCAGCCCCCCUCCUCGCAAACAGAUCCACCACGCCAAGACGCACAAAGAGCCCAACAAGAACCACCACCACAGCUCCCACGGGGACCGAAACAGGGACAGGGACGAGGAGCGGCGGCAACGCCACGCACAGACAAACAGUGAUCGAGGAGGAGGAGGAGAGGGAGGAGGAGGAGGGAAGAAGCGCAGUGCAGACAGAGAGCCACAGCAGAGUCCAGCGCACAAGGCCUCCAAGCACAGCCGGCAGUCGAGCACACAUGACGGAAAGAGGGAGAAGGAGGAGAAGAAGAAAACAGCAAGUGAUGGGCGACCACGGGUGGCCAAGGACAUGCCAAACGAGGAGGAGGAAGACGAGUUUGAGGCUCCCACCAUGUCCUUCGAGUCCUUUCUCACGUACGACGCCCCGACUUCUGUCAAGAAGAAGAAGAAGCCAUCGUCCUCAUCCUCACACAGCCGGCCGUCUCACCCCGCCUCCACCACCACGUCGUCGUCGUCGUCGCAUCGCACACGUACCCCUCCGCCUGCGGCCUCCUCUUCUUCCUCUUCCUCCAAAGCUAGCAAGUCCAAUGGAACCAAAAGCACCAAGAGGUCCGAGUCGGGGUCCUCGUCGGGGGCAGCUGCCCCGGCGCCGGAGAAACGCAGGAGGGUGGUUGAGGCCGUUCCGACUCUUACUGAUAUCCCUCUGCCGGCGAUUCAGCCCAAUUAUCGACCUCUGCCCUCCAUCGACUUCACACCACUGUCCCCUCAGAGACGGAAAGUUCCUGUGUCCAACGACGAAGAGGACGCAGGUUUCACGGGGAAGCGGUUCAACUCUAAGAUGGUGGUGUACUCGGGAUCCAAGACGGCCUACCUGCCCAAGAUGAUGACCCUGUACGAGCAGUGCAUCCGCGUGCUGCAGAACAACAUCGACUCCAUUGACGAGGUCGGGGGAGUCCCGUUCGAGAUCCUGGAGCCGGUUCUGGAGCGAUGCACUCCAGAGCAGCUGUACCGCAUCGAGCAGUGCAAUCAGUGCUUCACGGAGGAAUCCGACGAGCUGUGGAUGCGCCACUGCCAGCGCGACUUCAAGCGCGAGUCUCCUCAGGAGUACGAGUCGUGGCGGGAGAUGUACCUGAGGCUGCACGACGAGCGAGAGGAGCGCCUGCGCAUGCUCACCCAGAACAUCAGCUCUGCACACGCCAACAAGCCCAAAGGUCGGCAGGUCAAGAUGGCGUACGUGAACUCGGUGGCCAAGCCUCCUCGUGACGUGCGCCGUCGGCAGGAGAAGUUCGGCACCACUAGCGGCUCGACGGCCAGCUCCACCAUGGCUGCAGCUCCUAUCAAAAUAAGGCCGGUUGCUGCGCACAGCCUUGGCGAGCCCAGCUCCUCUUCCUCCUCUCACCACAGUCCUCCUCACAGCUCAGCCCGCCCCGCAGCACCCGGCGGAGGGGGGGGAGCAGGGGGACACAGCGCCCGGGACAAGCCACAGGUCAAAAGUAAAAAUCGCCCCCAUGAUGGCCAAAACUAUCAAAGCUUUCAAGAACAGAUUCUCCCGCCGAUAGUGUGAGAAGAAAUGGGACUGAAUGUAUUUUAUCACUUAAAACUUUCAACACCUUGGAAGAUCUGUGUUUUUCCUUUUUUUUUCUUUUUUCUUUUUUUAUUUAAGUACAGGAACUUGCACCCGGAGACUCUCGAACAGUAAACACACACACACACACACACACACACACACACACACACAGACCUUGGCAAAGUGAAACUGCUGACCUGGCCGGUGUAUCAUCGACAUUUUUGUCAUCCGGUGUUGAAGUUUUCAGGAGUGGAGAGAAACUAGCUGACACACACACACACACACACACACACACACACACACACACACACACACACACACACACACACCUGGAUAAUGUCGUCUAUCUGUGGAUUUUACAUUGUAUUUAUAUCAGUACGGUCAGUGGGUGUGACAGAUGUGUCAGUUUUGAGUUUUUCAGGAUGCCCUUCAUAUCAUAUGGUUUUUCACACUUUUUACACACACACACACACACACACACACACACACUGUUACUUGUUCCUCAUCCCCAUUCUCCACUAUUCUCUGUGAAACCGCUUUAAUUUCACAAGAAUAUUGAUUUGUUACUGUCCAGUGCAACCAAAUCAAACACUACAUGAGGAAGCCCUUUGCACAAAAUUAAGCAUUUUAUUUUAUUUUAUUUUAUGUCAUUUUAUUCAUUUUAUUUUAUUUUAAAUUGUAGCGCAUGUCAGCCGAGGCAUCAGGACAUGAACCGGUCUGGGUGAUGAACUCAACAUUUUUUUUUUUUUUUUUUUUAAACAAACGAUGGAUUGGACACACAGGCUUGUUUUUAUUCCCUCUGCAUUUUUUUAAAAGGAAAAAAAAAGUACAAUGGGACUGAAAAGCGAAUCGUAGGCUUGUUUUAUCCCUCCUGUGCCGCCGUCAGUCCUGCUCUCCUCCUGCUGAACGUGUGCGUCCCUACUUUUAUCUGCUUCACUGUGACAAACACCUGCAGUCCGGACUCAAGCGACUGUCUGCUGGACGAGCGAAGACAGAGAAAAAACCACAGAGAUGUUGAGAUGUAAUAAUAAUGAUAAUAAUAAUAAUAAUAAUAAUAAUAGGACCUCUGCAGCUUUGAUCUACAAUGCUGAUGAGAUGUAUUUAUUUUCAACCCUGGGGCGCCUGGCCCCCCAGAACUCGGGCCCUAAAGGAAGUAGAUUCAAAAUAGUAAUUUUAUUAGAUUUUAAUAAAUGUUAUAUGGUCAUUUUUAAUAAAAUCUGACUUUCUGCCCUGA